GUACUCGCUUAGCCCCACUGCUGUGUAUCAGUUUGUGCUUCCGACUUAUGCUGAGGUUACUUCCGGUUGUAACACUGUGAUGGGUUAUCAGCUGUGAGCCCGGAGGGGGCCGGGGAGAGCACAGAAUCUGGGGAGGAGAUGUGCGCUUCAGUCAAGUACAACGCACGGGGUCCUGUCCUCAUCCCCAGGAUGAAGUCCAAACACCGUGUUUACUAUAUUGCUCUGUUCUCUGUGGUCCUUUUGGGCCUCAUUGCUACUGGAAUGUUCCAGUUCUGGCCUCAUACCAUAGAGCCGUCUAGUGAUUGGACUAUGGAAAAAAGGAGCGUUCAUGAAGUACCAGCCGUGAGACUCCCAGAAGACAGUCCGUUGCCUGAGAGAGGGGAUCUGAGCUGUAGGAUGCACACCUGCUUCGAUGUAUACCGCUGCGGCUUCAACCCGAAGAACAAAGUCAAAGUGUACAUCUACCCAUUAAAGAAAUACACUGAUGUUUACGGAGGGUCUGUGGGCAACACCAUUUCCUAUGAAUACAAUGAGCUGCUCCGUGCUGUUUCUCAGAGUGACUUUUACACAGAGGAUGUUAAUCGGGCUUGUCUGUUCUUGCCUUCAAUUGAUAUGCUGAACCAGAAUAGUCUGCGGAUUAAGGAGACCGCUCAAGCUCUGGCUCAGCUUCCCAGAUGGGACCGUGGUACAAAUCACUUGCUAUUUAACAUGUUCCCUGGAGGUCCUCCAGACUAUAACACAGCACUAGAUGUUCCCAGAGACAGGGCUGUGUUGGCUGGUGGCGGUUUCUCAACCUGGACAUACCGUCAGGGUUAUGAUGUCAGUAUUCCUGUUUACAGCCCUUUGUCCGCUGAAGCGAAUCUACCAGAGAGAGCCCCUGGCCCCCGCACAUAUUUUCUUCUCUCUACCCAGACUGCUUUACACCCAGAGUACCGUUCAGACCUGGAAACUAUAAGAGCUGAGAAUGGGGAAUCAGUACUUAUUCUGGAUAAGUGCAGCAACCUGUCUGAUGAAGCCUCGCCACAGCGCAAGCGCUGUUUCAAGAACACUGAGUACGAUUAUCCACAAGUGCUUCAGGAGGCCACAUUUUGUGUUGUGAUCCGGGGUGCCCGUUUGGGACAAUCAGCUCUCAGUGACGUCUUGCAGGCUGGAUGUGUUCCAGUCAUCAUUGCUGACUCAUAUGCACUUCCCUUCUCAGAGGUCUUGGACUGGAAGAGAGCCUCAGUGGUAAUACCUGAAGAAAAGAUGCUUGAGAUGUACAGUGUUCUGCAAGGCAUUCCGCAGAGACAAGUGGAGGAGAUGCAGAGACAGGCUAGAUGGUUCUGGGAAGGUUAUUUCAAGUCUAUGAAAGCUAUUGCAUUGACCACUCUGCAGAUUAUUAAUGACCGAAUCUAUCCCUAUGCAGCCAAAUCGUAUGAAGAGUGGAAUGACCCUCCUUCCGUGAAAUGGAGCAGCGUGAGCAAUCCACUCUUCCUGCCAUUGAUUCCGCCACAGUCCCAAGGUUUCACUGCCGUUGUGCUGACAUAUGAUCGUGUAGAGAGUCUCUUCCGUGUGAUCACAGAAGUGUCCAAGGUGCCCAGCCUCUCAAAGCUUUUGGUGGUUUGGAAUAACCAGAACAAGAACCCACCUGAAGGUGUGGAGGGAAUUUCCUGAUAGGCUUGUGGGAUAUCCAGGCCGACUACACCUGUGGGACCAUGAGAUGAACAAGUGGAAAUAUGAAUCUGAGUGGACUAAUGAGGUGUCUAUGGUUCUCACCGGUGCAGCAUUCUAUCACAAGUAUUUUAACUACCUGUACACCUACAAGAUGCCUGGAGAUAUAAAGAAUUGGGUGGAUGCGCACAUGAAUUGUGAAGAUAUAGCUAUGAACUUUCUAGUAGCCAACGUCACAGGAAAGGCUCCUAUAAAGGUGACCCCACGGAAGAAAUUCAAGUGCCCUGAGUGCACAGCUAUUGAUGGGCUGUCUCUAGACCAGACACACAUGGUGGAGAGGUCUGAAUGUAUCAACAAGUUCGCAUCUGUGUUUGGCACUAUGCCCCUAAAGGUCGUAGAGCAUCGGGCAGACCCUGUGCUGUACAAAGAUGACUUUCCUGAGAAACUGAAGAGUUUUCCUAACAUUGGGAGCCUAUGAUGACAAAAAGUAACACAGUGUCUCUCUAUGUGUACCACCUGACUACAUGACUGUUUCCCCUCCUGGGCAUUUAUGGCCCUACUUUCUGGGUGCUUUGACAUAUUCAUUGUGCUCCUACUUCCCGCGGAUGUUCAACACUGCUCUGUGGUUGCCUGGAAUAAUCACUGUGCUCCCCUCUCCUGGGCAUCUGUCUUGUUACCCUCUGGAUACUCAGUAUACAAUCCGCCAGUGUGCUCAGUCCUCCAUAGCACCUUUAUCACUACUCUCUGGCAUCAUCCUGGGCACCUGUGUCAUUGGGUAAUGCACAUAACAUCACCAGUGUGUUCACUUAUGGAUGACUGCUCUUUGUGUACCACCUGUUCUGCAAUUGCCAACAUGCAACAUUCUUUGUCCUGUUAUUUAAGGACCUGCCGUUUGGGAGCAACUCAGGACAGAUAUUGUGAAUACAUUGUACGGUUUCCUCACAUUCCUGCACCAUGAAAGGCUCGUUUACCUCACCUUUUACAAAGGAAUGUGUGAUUAUAAUCUCUACAUCUUAUAUAAUAUAAAUUACAAAGCUACUUUUAUAUUCGCUGUAAAAUAUGGUGUGACGCAGAGGAAUAUUUUUUAUGUCUGUGAUAUUAACCGGGGGGCAGCAAAUGCAAAAAUAAUUGGUAAGGCCGUUUUUUGAUAGCAGUCCUUCCACUUAUCCCAAGGAAUUCAUGUCAGAGGUGGCGCACAGAGUGAAAUGAACCACCAUGUUUGUACAUAAAGACUGCAAAUGUAUUCCAGAUGUCAUCUGGUCCUUUUAUUUCAAAGGCUUCUUAUAAUGCUGUGUGCAUUUCAAGCUGUGGUGACAUUACAUGUUAAUGCAGAUUUUUGUUUUGUUAUUGUUAAUAUUUUAUAUUGAAAAACUAAAUGUUGGGUUAUAGAUAUAUAUAAUUUUAUAAAAAUGUUAAAGUUUUUGUUGUAUCUUAACACUCAGCUUCUAUUGAUUCACUUACAGUUCUUGAUUAUGUACAAUCUGAUUUCAAAUUAUACAACUGGAAUAAGCAGAUAACACUUCUGCCUUUUAUUGUCAAUACUGUGGUUUUGUUGCAUAGGACAUCUUAAAUGAACAAGAUCCAAUUCUUUGCACAAAAUAAAAAAACAUUUUACCAGA